UUUAACAUCACUUCCGUAAAGCUCUCGACAACACUUCAAGUCAACAGCAAUUGUCACAACACUUCCCACCUUGGGAGAGUUAAAAAUUCCGAAAUUUUUGGGCGACAUCUAGACACAGCUAUAGACUCCGGAUGUUCCGUUCAGACAGACAAUCAUGACAACCCUUCAGCCAAGAGGGCCUUAUACUCAGGAAGAGCUUCGGAAGCUCUAUCCUCCAGGUUUGGAGCUUCAAUUGGUUCAAGUCCUUCUCAGACACGGUGAACGGUCCCCAGUCUCUGCUCGAUUUCAAAAUGCAGGUCUCGCUGCUUUUUGGCCAUACUGUCGGGUUGCUAGGCAGAUGGUCGCUGCAACUAUGGAAGACUCAGAUGGCAAAUGGACUCCUAUGCAGUGGAGGAGAAGGCUCGAGACCUUCGGAUCAGAUGAUGGCCCUGUCAUAGCCUCUGGACCCAGAGGAGAAGUUGACGAUGUUUGUAAUUUGGGGGAAUUAACAGAUGAGGGACGAAUCACCACAUGGAAACUCGGACGACGGCUAAGACAGCUGUACGUCGAUCAAUUGCACUUCAUGCCUUCAAUGAUUCACGAUGCGGAUAUGAUAUACCUCCGAGCCACUCCAAUCCCCAGAGCCCUUGAGUCUUUGCAACAAACAUUUUGGGGCAUGUACCCUUCGAAUUCAAGAUCUGCCUCAUUCCCACCUCCUACUAUCUUAUUACGAGCACCAGCAGAUGAAACCUUAUUCCCAAACGAUUCCAACUGCAGACGGUUUGCCCAGUUAUCAAGAGCUUUUGCCCAGAGGACGGCAGACAGAUGGAACAGUACGAGCGAGAUGGAGUAUCUGAACAAGUUGAUUAGCAAGUGGAUGCCAGAAUCUAGUAAGAGAGUAGCUGUGGACUCACAUCCCCGACUUUCGGGUAUCAUGGAUACUAUCAACUCAACUCUAGCUCAUGGGCCAGAAACAAGACUUCCCAAGGAAUUCUACGAUGAGAAGGGACGGAAAAUCAUUGAGAAGAUCGGUGUAGAAGAAUGGUUCAGUGGUUAUCAAGAAUCGCAGGAAUACAGAUCUCUCGGAAUUGGUGGAUUGAUGGGGGAUGUCGUGGAAAGAAUGGUUGGAAGUGUUGAAAAGAACGGUAAUGAUGGCCUUACUGAGAUCGGUGGUAAGGAUGGCUCUACCGGCACUGGAAGAGGUGGAGAGAAUGCUAUCAAGCUUGGGCUGAGUGGAUGUCACGACACAACUCUAGCGGCCGUGUUGGCUAGUUUGGGAGCUUUCCAGGGAGAGCCAUGGCCACCUUACACGAGUCACAUCGCUCUCGAGCUCUUCAAGAAAUCGGAAGCACAGCCCGUACAAGUCCCCGCAAAACGCAAAAUCGAGGAGACAAACCCUGUGGCAGCUACUGGCGAUCCCAAAAUCAGAAAGUCUUGGUUCGGCAGGAUAUUCGGAGACAGUGCUGUUGUUGACGAGAAAGGGGACAAGAACGCUCCUCUUGGCAUUGCCAGAAAGAAGACUGAAGAGCUCAAGGAGUCUGAGCGAGCAAAGCUGGAAGGUUAUUUUGUCAGGAUACGCUAUAACGACAAAGUUAUGAGCGUUCCUGGUUGUAAGCCUGCUGGAAAGCACCUUGAUGGUGACGAAUCUUUCUGCACUUUGGAGGCAUUCAAGAGCAUCGUGGACAAGUACACUCCUUUGCACUGGAAACAGGCAUGUUUGAGCAAUAUGGAAACACCGGCUUUCCCUUCGAAGCCAGAGCCAGCAGGAUACUAGAACAUUGUAUAGACAAAGUUGGCCACGAUAUGGCGUUGGAUAGAUUGUAGAAAUGGGUGGUCUAUUGCAGCAGCUUACCUAAAAUAGACCUUCAAGCAAGAACUUAACUUUCAUAUUCGCAUAUGUACGCUGC